GGGUGGUUUCUACUCUACUGCUGCUGCUUUUUCCUCAUUCUUUCUUCAUCUAGGAUAGACUCAUUUGUUAAAACCAAAAGAAAGGAAAAAAAAUAAAAAUACCAUAAUAGGAAAAAAGAGGAAUUUUUGAAGGAGAAAGGGAGAGACAUUUCUGCAGAUCUCUUCCCGAUCGAAGCCCAGUUGGGAGUUGAAAUGUGAGAGGUUGUUUAGUUUAUGUUUUUUCAUGAAUUUUGUUUUAUUCUUUGGAUUUGAUUGAGCUCUGAAGAAGUAGAAGUUGAAGUAGAAGAAGAGGAAGAGUAAAAUGUCUGCUUCGCUUGCCGCAUUUGAGCGUCCUCGAAUCGGUACUUCAAAUACGGUUUUCAAGAGCGGGCCGCUGUUCAUAUCCUCAAAGGGUUUAGGUUGGAAGUCUUGGAAGAAGCGAUGGUUUAUCCUUACACGAACUUCCUUGGUCUUUUUCAAGAAUGAUCCAACUGCACUUCCACAACGAGGUGGUGAAGUGAACUUGACAUUGGGGGGUAUUGACUUGAAUAAUUCAGGAAGUGUUGUUGUUAGAGAAGAUAAAAAGCUUUUAACUGUAUUGUUUCCUGAUGGACGUGAUGGGCGAGCUUUCACUCUGAAGGCAGAGUCAUCUGAAGAUUUGUAUGAGUGGAAGACAGCCCUUGAACAAGCUCUUGCUCAAGCACCCAGUGCAGCACUUGUGAUGGGACAUAAUGGAAUUUUCCGGAGUGAUGCUAAUGAUACAAUUGAUGGUUCUUUCCAUCAGUGGAGGGAUAAGCGUCCUGUUAAAUCUUUGGUCGUUGGGCGUCCCAUUUUACUGGCUCUUGAAGAUAUAGAUGGUGGUCCAUCCUUUCUUGAGAAAGCUGUUCGAUUUCUUGAGAAGAAUGGAACUAAAGUAGAAGGAAUUUUGCGACAAUCAGCUGAUGUCGAGGAAGUAGAUCGGAGGGUUCACGAGUAUGAACAAGGAAAGAGUGAAUUUGGCCCUGAUGAGGAUGCUCAUGUUAUUGGUGAUUGUGUUAAGCAUGUUCUUCGGGAGCUGCCUUCAUCUCCUGUUCCUGCUUCCUGCUGCACUGCUUUGUUGGAGGCCUACAAAAUUGAUCGGAAGGAGGCACGGGUAAAUGCUUUGCGCUCUGCAAUUUUGGAGACAUUUCCUGAGCCUAACAGGCGAUUAUUGCAGAGAAUACUAAAGAUGAUGCACACAAUUUCCUCCCAUGCUUCUGAAAAUCGGAUGACACCAUCUGCUGUUGCUGCUUGUAUGGCACCAUUGCUCUUGCGACCUCUUCUGGCUGGUGAAUGUGAAUUGGAGGACGAUUUUGAUAUUAAUGGAGAUAAUUCUGCUCAGCUGCUUGCUGCUGCUAAUGCAGCUAAUAAUGCACAAGCUAUCAUCACAACACUCUUGGAGGAGUAUGACAAUAUCUUUGAUGAUGAUACUCUACAAAGAUGCUCAAUUUCAGCUGAUUCUCAAAUUGAAAACAGCGGGAGUGAGGAUUCAACUGAUGAAGAAACUCUCAAUACAAAAGAUAAUGGUUAUCAUGAUGCUCAAAAUGAAGUUGAUGCAGAAACUGAUGAUGAUCAUGAUCGUGUGCUUAGUGGGAAGCUAAGUGAAAGUAGUGGUUCUGUUGCCAGUGAUCUUUAUGACUAUAAGGCUUGUGGAGCUGAUGAUUCAGAUUUUGGAUCCCCGAAGGGCAAUCAUGCUUUAGGAACAGAAUCAAAUUUAUGUGUAGAUUCUCAGACACGUCGAGAUUCCAACAUCCCAUUUAAUGACCAAGUAGACCUACAAAAGAAGACAAAUUUAGGAGAGAUGAGUGCUUCUGGACAAUUAACUGGUAGCGAGCCCCAGCGGUCUAUGGGGGAGAUAUUGUCAUCAAUGGAUCAUGAGAUACCUCAAUCCAUCUCUGGCCCUGAAUCAUCUGGCGAAAAAGCAACAGGCAAACUCAGUGCAUCCAGUGCGAAUGUUAAGAAGUCAACCUUUUGGGGAAGAAACAAUGCUAGAAAAACACCUUCGGUGGAGUCAUUUGAUUCCUCUGGAGAGGAGGAGCUUGCUAUACAAAGACUUGAAAUCACAAAAAAUGACUUGCGGCAUCGAAUUGCAAAAGAGGCAAGAGGAAAUGCGAUAUUACAGGCAAGCUUGGAGAGAAGGAAGCAAGCUUUACAUGAGCGUCGGCUGGCACUUGAACAAGAUGUCGCAAGAUUACAAGAACAGUUGCAAGCUGAGAGAGAUUUGAGGGCUGCUCUAGAAGUAGGAUUGAGCAUGUCUUCGGGGCAGAUUUCUGGUUCUCGUGGCAUGGAUUCCAAGACAAGGGCAGAGCUUGAGGAAAUAGCUCUUGCUGAAGCCGAUGUGGCCAGAUUGAAACAGAAAGUUGCUGAACUUCACCAUCAACUUAAUCAGCAACGUCAACAUCACUAUGGCUCCCUGUCUGAUGCAAGUGAUCGUUAUCAGCAUGCUCCAAAUCAUGUUUCUCAACAAAAAUAUUACCAGCAAGAUUUUGAUGCAACACUAGCUUUCUGUAACCAUGAAAGGAAACAAAGAAAUGAGGAAUUACUGGGUUCAGAUCUGAGGAAUAUUAAAGGGCAAGUAUUAACAUCUGGCAGUAGCAGCAGGCAGCCUUCUAGGAAGCAGUUUAUAGACUCAACAAGCUUGAGUGAUUCCAAGAGUACUGAAGCAUCCACAAGUUUAUCUGUGGAUGAGUUUGGUGCUGUUGAUUCUGUGGCCAUACCAUCUACUUCAAGGGCAGGAGAGGUGAUUGAUUAUAGUAGAAAUCCCUCAACAGCAUCUUCCACUUUGGUAGAGUUGACGACACGUCUCGAUUUUUUCAAGGAAAGGCGCUCCCAGCUGAUGGAACAACUGCAUAACCUGGAUUUAAACUAUGGAACAGCAGCACAUGAUUUAGUGUACAAAGCAACUUCUCCCCGAUGGCACUGACUAGAAGUGCUGUUCACAAUGUCGCUGCAGGUAGUUGACGUCUUAUCAUUUGUAUAUCCUUUGUACCAUAAAAUUUCUCCUGUCUCUCUUUAUUCCUUUUUCUUGUUUUGGUUGAUGCUGAGAGUAUAAUCGGCAUUUAGUGUUGGCAAGUUAAUUAAUUAUUAGGUAUUUUGGUUCAUCAUUUUUGUUUAACCUACAAUUGUGGUCUAUGUUCUGUGCAAUAAACGAUAUCUAUCAUUCUCGUGUAUAUCUUUAGGUGAGGUGCUUUUGGAAAGAAAUUUAGUGUUACGCUUUUGAUGACCUUUUAAUAGAACUCUUAUUGAUAUUUGUGUAUUUUGGUUGUAAA